AUGGAUACUCUUCCAAAAGAUAUUACUUUACGUGAUCAACAAACUAAUGCCAUAAGUUCAAUGCUCAAUCUCAAUAUCAAACCAGAUCCAACGAUCACCACGGGCUCAUCUGAUAAUCUAUUGCUUUCCAGCAAUAACAGCGAGCCAGUAUGGAAAGUGCUAAUUUUUGAUGAAUUUGGCCGAGAUGUAAUUUCUUCUGUGCUCAAAGUUAACGAUUUACGAGAUAAUGGAGUCACAGAUUUGGUAAAAAAUCUUUAUGAAACUUAUUAUAUAAAUUUUUUAACAACUAUUCCAAGACCUCUACUUGAAGAAUUUGCAACAAUAACAUAUCAAAAUAACACAUCAAAUUUGAUUGCUCAAGUUUAUGAUCAAUAUUUGAACUUUAUAGUCACUGAACCAAACCUUUUUUCUUUGAAUCAACCAAAUAUUUAUUAUACUUUGAAUGAUCCAACAGCAGCAGAAACAGCUAUUGAAGAAGCAAUAGAUCGUACUGUGACUGCAUUAUUUUCAGUAUUGGCAACAAUGGGUGUUGUACCUAUAAUUAGAUGCCCAAGGGGAAAUGCUGCAGAAAUGGUAGCAUAUAAGCUUGAUAGUCGUUUACGUGAUCAUCUGUUAAAUUCACGAAAUAAUUUAUUCUCGGAAGCUUCAACAUCAUUAAAUUUUCAAAGGCCGGUGUUAAUUAUUCAAGAUAGGAAUGUUGAUCUAGUUCCUAUGCUAAGUCAUUCUUGGACAUAUCAAGCAUUGAUACACGAUGUUUUAGAUAUGAAUUUGAACAGAAUUACUAUACAACUAGAAGAAAUGGGACAUAACACUAAAAAAACCUAUUAUUUGGAUAACAAUGAUUUCUUUUGGUCAAAGAAUGCUUCAAGUCCAUUUCCUCAAGUGGCUGAAGAUAUUGAUGUCGAGCUUAAUCGAUAUAAAUCUGAUGCAGCAGAUAUCACAAAAUUAAGCGGAGUUAGUUCACUUGAUGACAUUAAUAAUGCAGAUUUGUCUCAAAAUACAUCACAUUUAAAGUCGGCCAUCACUGCCCUGCCAGAACUUACUGCACGCAAACAAACACUUGACACACAUAUGAAUAUUGCGACAUCUUUAUUACAGGGAAUUAAGGAACGUCAAUUAGACACUUUUUUCCAAUUGGAAGAAUCAGUGACACGACAAAAUAAAUCAAGUGUGCUAGAGGCUAUCAAAGAUCCAGAGAAAAAAUCACCAGAAGAUAAAUUACGUUUUUUUAUAAUUUAUUAUUUGUCAGUUGAUGAAGUUACAAAAGAAGAUAUGAUUGAAUAUGAGGAAGCUCUUUCCGCUGCUGGUUGUAAUAUGGCAGCUUUAAAUUAUGUUAAAAAGGUACGCGAAAUCACUAAAAUGACAAUGUUGUCAGCACCCGUUUCUCAAAGUUCAGGUUUCGGACAACCUAGUCAAUUAUUCUCAGGAUUUUCAUCUAUAGGAAAGUUGACUGAUAAAUUAAAAGAGGGAGGAUUUGAAAACUUGAUUUCUGGAGUAAAAAAUUUAUUACCAUCACAUAAAGAUUUAACUUUAACAAAAAUUACUGAAUCAAUUAUGGAUCCAUCAACUAGCAGUACUUAUAAAACUGAUGAUUAUUUAUUUUUUGAUCCAAAAAUGGCACGUAACUCCUCUAUUAAUAAACAAUCAAAGAGUAAACAUAGCUUCCAGGAAGGAAUUGUUUUUGUUGUUGGUGGUGGAAAUUAUAUUGAAUAUCAAAAUUUACAAGAAUACGCAAAGAGACAAGCUAACAAGAAGAAAAUUAUUUAUGGUUCAACACAGAUAUUAAAUCCACGUGCAUAUUUACAAGAACUUACAAAACUUGGAUGA